UUCACUCUCGCUAUCGUUGUUGCGCUCCCAAGUCGUACACACACGCGCACGGAUCAGACUAGAUAUAUGUAGGUAACUCAUGCGCAAACGAUUUAUUAUAAUUACUGUCCAUCCGGUAACAAAGUGUACCACGUACAUUUUUCCAAACUAAAAAAGUAACAUUUUAUAUCGUUUACAGUUUUUCUUUUCUCGUCUAACCCUCGUCUACAUCAUCUCUCUCUCUAUUUUUAUCUUUUUCUCAAACUUUUUGCCAGUGGAUAAGACGAUCUAUCAGAUGGAAGUUAUCAAGUACGCGGUGCUUCUUUUGAGCAUCGCCGCCGCCGUUUACACGCCCGCCUUUUCGACCGAUACGAACGGCCGAACCAGGAGGCAAAGUUUUGUAGAUUUUUUGCCAUGGAAUUCAAGAAUCGGUACAGCCGACUCUCAAGUCUCCGGUGGCACGAUGGUCACGGGUGCCCAGAGUGUGGCGCUUCAAAACGUAGCCGACGUUUGUCUGACCAGCAUACCUUGCAACCCUCGGGCUCGUUACAGGAGCUUCGACGGUAGUUGCAACAACUUACAACAACCGGGCUGGGGCUCGGUGAACACGGCGUUGGUCAGGUUGUUACCAGCUGCUUACCAAGACGGUGAGAGCAGACCGAGAUUGACCUCAUUCGGCCGGGUACUUCCCAGUGCUAGACUGAUCCGUACGACACUGUUCCCGGAGAGGAACGUGCCUGACAUACGAUUUACGCUUGCCGUUAUGCAGUGGGCGCAAGUCGUUGCACAUGACGUCACUCUACUCACAGAGAAAUCCGCUCCUGAUUGUUGUGCCAGCAACGGUAAACUGUUGCCCAUCGAAACUCUACAUCCCAAUUGUUUCCCAAUCCCCGUACCCGCCAAUGAUCAUUUCUACUCCAGGUUCGGUACAGCGUGUCUACCCGCCAAAAGAACCGUAUCAUCCGACGAUUUUGGGUGCACCUUAAAACCACAGCAAAAGGUGAUAGCGACGACCCAUUUCCUGGAUGCUUCACUUGUGUAUGGCGCAACAGGUCAGACAGCCGGAAACCUGAGGUCUUUCAGGGCAGGCAGGAUGAGGGCACAGAUCACAAGAGACGGACGAAUGUUCAUGCCAAACGUCAACACUCCCACGCAAUCUUGUAACGUUGCAACGAAUACGGAGGUCUGCUACAGAGCAGGCGACGGUCGAGUAAAUCAGCAUCCCGACAUGGCCGUGUCUCAAGUAGCCCUUUUACGGUUACACAACUUCUUGGCGACAGAAUUUGCGCAGCUCAACCCGCAAUGGACCGAUGAGAUACUGUACCAAGAAGCCAGAAAGUUUGUCAUCGCCAUCAUUCAGCACAUCACGUACAACGAGUUCCUGCCAAUUUUAUUAGGUGAAAAUUAUGUUCGUGAAAACGGCAUCUCUCCGCUGAAACAAGGUUAUAGUAAUUUAUACAAUUCAAACAUUAAUCCGUCUACAUUGGCUAGUUUUGCCGGUGGAGCGUUUAGAUCAUUGCACAGCCUGGUACCAUCAGUUUUUAACUUGGUGAAUGAAGAUCGCGAAAACGGUGCCGCGCCAACACGUUUCAGUGAAUGGAUGAACAAGCCCGGUAUCAUACAAAGACCGGGUAACUAUGACAUGUUCCUGAGAGGCAUAGCCACACAACCUCAACAAGCACAAGACAUAUUUUUCAGUGAAGAAAUUACAGAUUUGCUGUUCAGAGCUAAUGGACCUCUGGGACAAGAUUUAGUAGCGAAAGACAUCCAACGUGGUCGAGACAUGGGAAUACCGUCGUAUAAUCACUUUAGGACGUUAUGCGGAUUACCGAAGGCUACGUCGUUCGAUGAUAUCAGAGACGUCAUGGACGAAGAGAGGAUUGAACGAUUAGCUAAAAUCUAUCCAACAGUCGACGACAUCGAUUACCUGGUUGGCGGUAUGCUCGAAAGAAUUAUUCCGGGAACGCUAACCACUCCCUCCUUUAGAUGCGUCCUCGGAGAAGGAUUCUUCCGUUACAAAGCAGGCGAUCGAUUCUUUUACGAGUACGAUAUAUCGCCUGGAGCUUAUUCCCCGGAUCAACUUUCCGUCAUCAGGAGGUUUUCGUUGUCCACUCUCAUAUGUUUGACUGGCGAUAACAUACAGACGAUGCAGAGAAACGCAUUCCUACAAAUCAACCCUGGGAACGCAUUGAUCCCGUGUAGACAGAUCUUGGCGGAACUAGAUUUGUCGCCGUGGAGAUUCCAAAGUUAACCUCGUACAGCCCGUGUUAACAAGCUUGGAUGAAGAUGAGAAAAAAAUCAACGUUGCGUUUGUGAUAUAUUGUGUGUAUUAUAGUACCAGAAGUUAGUCUUAAGUAUUCAAUGUUUAAUUAUUUUUAUGUUUAGUCGAAUAAGUUUAAAUUAUUAUUAUUUACAUCGUUACCAAGUUUUAAAAUACAAAUCGUUCGAAACUCAGAAUUUUUUUCAAAUGAAAACAUAAUUAAGUUGUACCAUUUUUUUUUUUUUUAAUAUUUAUGUACAAAUUGUUUUUGUUCAAAAACUCAUAAACAAUUAUAUUACCUAUCUCAUCAACGAUUUCAAUGACCAAAAUGAUAAUUAGUAAUAUUGUUGUUUUUUAUCGUAAAGUUUUUAACGUAUUCUUGAUUUUUUUUAAUUUAAUAUUUUUCGUGUACGCAAUUCUUCUUACAACGAAGUGUGUUGAACAUAUAUAAACUCUUAAACGUGCCAUGGCAAAAUACAUCGGAAGAAAAAAUAUUUUUAAG